CAGCUGAUACGAUUCAACAUGGCCGCUUACAGUAUACGUUUUCUAUCUACAAGUAGAUAGACGCCUACGAAUGAUUACCGUUUGUUAUGAGAUAGAAAGAAAUUCCAGUGGACAAUAACAACAUUUUUUUCAAAAACCCUAUCUUAAAAUGGCUUGUAGCGAGAAAGUAUUAGAAGGCUUUAUUUGUCCAAUAUGUAUGACAGAAUUCAAAGCACCAACACAGUUGACUAAACAUUUCAAGGAUUUUCAUAAUGACGACCCAGAAAUCUUGAAAUCACUUAAAGAUCUUUUUGGUAAAGCUAAAAAGAAGAUUUUAAAGCAAGAUGAAAUACCAGAAUCAUUUACAACCACCGUAUCCAGUAGCAGACAACGUAGUCCAGAACUUAAUUGGGGACCCCAGGAGAUAGGUGUGAUAAAAUCAUAUACAACAUAUUUUAAAGACAUAAGAAAUGCAAGACUGGAACGAUAUUCUAUAGAAACCAAUAAACUUCUUAUAAGACUAGACAAAUUAUUAAAUAAUUUACCAACAGACCCUGUUGAUAGAAAAGUUCAUGAGCGCACAAUUGUGCCAUGGAUAGAUGAGAAAGAUGUAAAAUUAUGUCCUAACUGUGCAAAAAGUUUUCAUAUUGCUAGAAGAAAACAUCACUGUAGACUUUGUGGAGCUGUAAUGUGCCACAAUUGUACAGUAUUUUUAUCUCUACAAGAUGCAAGAAAAAUGACAAGUCCUGUGACUGUACAAGAUGAAUCUGCGGUAUCUCCUACAUCUGAAAAGCCCAUUUCAGAGCGUUUAGUACGUGCAGGUAUUGGUUUUACAAAGUUGGCUAUGUCACCGUCUAAUGAUAGUUUAAAUAGCGUUCUGUCGUUAGUUAAUGAUCCAGCAGCCGGUGACCAGCAUUUCAGAAUAUGCAUACACUGUGCAAACUUACUUGAUGCAAGAGAAAAACAAAAAGCAAAGCACUUCGAUAAACCGAUUUUAUGUCAAUUUUAUGAAAAAAUGAAAGGUUAUAUGGAAGAAGCAUCUCAACAUGUAAAAAUGUACAACAAAAUGUGGGAGUCUCUCAGCGAAGGAGAAACUACGUAUAAUCUGGAAGACGCGCAAGCUUUAAGAGUUAAAAUUGCAAAACUAGGUGAAAAUAUAGAUUCGAUCAGUAAACGCAUUUCAGUACUGGGCACGAAAUGUGUGGAGAACCCUCCACAAGGACAAGAACUCAGAUUGCAUCAGAUGGUCAGAGUAUCUGCAAUGAUAUUUUUAAAAGAAGAAUUAUUAACUAUACAAGCUUUGCCUUCAGAAGAAAGAUACACAGAGCUACAGAAAGAACGUGAAAAACAAUUAGAAGCAAGAAUUGCAUAUGAAAGACAGCUAGAAGAAGAACAAAGAGAAAAAUUGAAAGACUUGCGUAAAAGGGAAACCUGGAACAAUGAAAUCCGACCUUCUGUGAAAGAAAAUCAGCCGGUGGUGGUAUUGAAUCAGUCUCAAGGUUGGGGACCUGCUAAUGUCACACCUAAGAUGCCUUCCUCUAUGGAUCCUAUAAUUGAACAAAUGAGUAAUCUUCAAGCCUACAUCAAACAAGCUAAGGAUGAUUGCAGAUAUGAUGAAGUUGCCACGUUAGAAAACAAUCUUAGGGAACUUCAAAGCCUGUACUUUACUAUGAAUGAGAGUAAUAAUAGUGAUGGGUAGACACAGACUUACACCUGCAUUUAUAGGUAACUUGUAUUCCUUAUCAAAUCUAAUAAGACUUAAUAAAUGUUUCUAUCAUGUCCAAACUUUCGUCCAUCUAUUUCAUGUAUUGCUGUACGAUGUGAUAUGUGUCGUGGGUUCCUUUGUAUCGAUAAAUUUAAUUAUAUCACAAUAUCGCGAUAUUUCUUGAAACAUGUUUACCAUUGUGUGUAUAUAAUGAUGCUAAAGAAAAUAUAUCAUUUUUAACAUAAGAUUUGUAUUAAAAUUGAAUAUAUUACUAUAAAUAUAAAUCACGUUACAACGCUGUUUAGUUAUAUGUACAAAUUAUGAAGUAUUUAUAUGGACAUUUUAGUUCUAACAUACAUAUAAGAUUAUUAUAUUAUUCUUAUCGAGUUCUAAAUAGAUGUAUACUCAUGUCUAUAGUUUUCUAAGAACAUUUAUAGUAUAUUGUUUGCAUUUCGUUUUAUAAAAAAUUGCUUUAAACCAAAGCUCGAAUGUAUUUCGACAAAUGU